GACGUCAGAAGGUCCUUUCGGAGAAGGGGGAACUAGCCGCUACCCUGUCACCACCAGAGGAAGAGCAAAAGCGUAACUGCCCCACGCCUGGCAAGGGGGCAUAACAGGGAAAAGGACGGUGCCUGCCAGGCUGGCAAAUGAAGGCGCUGGCAGCUUUGUGACUUACUGGGAAGUGCCUCGGAUAUUCCUAUGCUAACACUGGAGUGAUGUAAUGGCUUGCCUCACUAUGACUGAAAUGAGCAUAACCACAGUCCCUGCUGUGAACCCAAGUGCAGAUACCCAAGUGAGUUCAAGUGCUCCAAAACCCAGUGAGCCAGGUUUUCACAUCUUCCUGUACCAUGCAUCGGGCACUGGCGAUAAGGAUUACCUUGCGUUACCUCCAGGAGAGUAUGUUGCAGAAGAAAUCUGCAUCACUGCUGCUAAAGCAUGUGGGGUGACUCCUGUAUAUUAUACCCUGUUUGCUUUGAUGAAUGAGGCUGACCAAAUAUGGUAUCCUCCUAAUCAUACAUUUAUUGUGGAUGAGACAAGCAAGCAGCUAGUGAAAUUUCGACUAAGGUUUUAUUUUCCACAUUGGUAUAGCAAUGGGAGCAGCAGAGCGUUUCGUUAUGGAGUUGCAAGAGGAUCGGAAAGUCCAAUUCUUGAUGACUUUGUCAUGUCUUACUUGUUUGCUCAGUGGCGAGAUGAUUUUCUGAAUGGCUUGAUCACAGUACCCAUAACACAUGAAACACAAGAAGAGUGCCUUGGUAUGGCUGUCCUUGACAUGAUGCGUAUGGCCAGUGAAAAAGACGAAAGCCCCAUUGCAAUAUACAAUGCUCACAGCUAUAAAACAUUUCUACCAAAGUGCAUUCGUGCCAAAAUCCAAGACUAUCAUAUUCUGACUCGGAAGAGAAUCAGAUACAGAUUCCGAAGUUUCAUUCAGCAGUUUAGCCAAUGCAAAGCUACUGCCAGGGACCUAAAGCUAAAAUAUCUCAUAAACCUGGAAAACUUGCAGUCAGCAUUUUACUCCGAACAAUUUGAAGUGAAGGAAGCUUGUCGAGAUCCUUCAGGAGGAGAGAUAUAUGCAACUAUUGUGGUUACUGCAAAUGAAGGAAUUCGCUUUUCAAGAGGCAAAUCUAAAGAUGCAUUUGAUGAGCAGGACCUGCAAACCUACUGCGAUUUUCCAGACAUCAUUGAUGUGAGCAUUAAACAAGCCAGCAAAGAUGAUUCCAGUGAAAGUCGAAUAGUGACUAUCCACAAACAGGACAACAAAUCUCUGGAGGUGGAAUUUACAUCACUGAAGGAAGCUCUGUCCUUUGUAUCACUUAUUGAUGGAUAUUACAGAUUGACAGCAGAUGCACACCAUUACCUUUGCAAGGAAGUAGUGCCUCCCCGAAUACUGCAUAGCAUCCAGAGUUAUUGCCAUGGGCCUGUUUCGAUGGAAUUUGCCAUUGAUAAGUUGAAAAGAACAGGGAGCCAAAGAGGAGCCUUUAUUCUUCGCUGCAGCCCUAAAGAAUUUAACAAGUACUUCCUUACAUUUGCAGUAGAGCGAGCUGGCGUGCCCGAGUAUAAGCACUGCUUGAUAACAAAGACUGAGACUGGAGAAUACAACCUCCGAGGGGCCAAGAAAAAUUUUGGCACGCUAAAAGAUUUGUUAAACUGCUAUCAAAAAGAAACUGUCCGAUCUGAUGGCAUCAUUUUCCAGUUUACACGAUGUUGCCCCCCUAAAACUAAAGAGAAAUCAAACUUGAUUAUCUUCCGGAGCAACAAAGUUUCAGACUUGCCUGCGUCGCCCUCCUUACAUCGACACAAUAAUGUCAGUCAAAUGGUCUUUCACAAGAUCAGGAGCGAAGACUUGACUUAUGCUGAAAAUCUUGGACAGGGUACUUUUACGAAGAUAUUUCGAGGAAAACGGGAGGAAAUAGGAGACUACAAUCAAAUCCAUGAAACAGAAGUUCUUCUCAAAGUCUUGGAUAAAUCACAUCGCAAGUAUUCUGAGUCCUUCUUUGAAGCAGCAAGUAUGAUGAGCCAGCUGUCGUACAGACAUUUGAUUUUGAAUUAUGGUGUCUGUGUAUGUGGAGAUGAGAGUAUUCUUGUCCAGGAAUAUGCAAAAUUUGGCUCGCUGGACAUUUACUUGAAGAAAAACAAAAAUUCGGUUAACAUCAUGUGGAAAUUGGAAGUUUCAAAACAGCUGGCUUGGGCCUUGCAUUUUCUUGAAGAUCGGAAUCUUGUUCAUGGCAAUGUGUGUCUGAAAAACAUUCUUCUGAUCAGAGAAGAAGACCGGAAGACAGGAAAUCCCGCUUUCAUUAAGCUCAGCGAUCCAGGAAUCAGCAUUUCUGUUUUGUCAAGAGACAUCCUUUUGGAAAGGAUUCCAUGGGUUGCUCCUGAGUGCCUCGAUAAUCAAAAAAAUCUCACCCCGAUGGUAGACAAGUGGAGUUAUGGCACCACCUUAUGGGAAAUAUGUAGUGGUGGUGAUAAACCGCUCAGUGCACUGGAUUCUCAAAGAAAAUUUCAGUUUUAUGAAGAUCGCCAUCAACUCCCCACACCAAAAUGGAUUGAGCUUGCCAACCUCAUCAACAGUUGCAUGGACUAUGAGCCAGAUUUCCGUCCCUCAUUUCGAGCAGUUAUAAGAGAACUUAACAGCAUGUUCACUCCAGACUACGAACUACUGGCAGAAAGUGAUUUACUUCCUAAUAUGAGAGUUGGAGCAUUAGGCUUUUCUGGAGGGUUUGAAGACUGUGAUCCAACUCAUUUUGAGGAAAGACAUCUUAAAUUCCUGCAACAACUUGGCAAGGGCAAUUUUGGAAGUGUCGAACUGUGCAGAUACGACCCAUUACAAGAUAACACUGGUGAAGUUGUUGCGGUCAAGAAGCUCCAGCACAGCACUGAAGAGUACUUGAGGGAUUUUGAAAGGGAGAUUGAAAUUUUGAAAUCCUUGCAGCAUGAAAACAUUGUAAAAUACAAGGGAGUGUGUUACAGUGCAGGACGUCGAAAUCUGAAGUUAAUUAUGGAAUAUCUGCCAUAUGGAAGUCUACGAGACUAUCUGCAAAAAAACAAAGAAAGGUUGGACUUCAAAAAGCUGCUUCAGUAUGCAACCCAGAUAUGCAAGGGCAUGGAAUAUCUAACAAUCAAGAGGUACAUCCAUAGAGAUUUGGCAACUAGAAAUGUUUUAGUGGAAAAUGAAAACAGGGUGAAAAUUGGAGAUUUUGGAUUGACAAAAGUUUUACCCCAAGACAAAGAGUAUUACAAGGUUAAGGAGCCUGGUGAAAGUCCUAUAUUCUGGUAUGCACCAGAAAGUUUGACUGAGAGCAAGUUCUCUGUGGCUUCAGAUGUCUGGAGUUUUGGAGUAGUUCUCUAUGAACUGUUUACAUAUAGUGAAAAAAACAAAAGCCCGCCAUCAGAAUUCAUGAGGAUGAUUGGCAAUGAUAAACAGGGACAAAUGAUUGUAUUCCACCUAAUAGAGCUGCUGAAGAAAAAUGGAAGACUGCCAAAACCAGACGGGUGUCCUAGUGAGAUUUAUCUCCUCAUGACUGAGUGCUGGAAUAACAACAUUAGCCAACGUCCUUCCUUUAAGGAUCUCACAAUAAAAGUGGAACGAACAUGGGACAAUAUGGGAGUAUGAGGGGUUACAUGAUUCACUUCUGGACAGAGCCAUUCUGCAAAAUAGAAUCUAAUGUAUCUUUUCAAAUCUCUUCUGGUAUGGACAAGUCUUUCUUGUUCUGGAAUGAAAACAUCCAUGACGUACACAGCUUCUGUGCUAGCCGCGUUUGCGUAAAUAGAGUGAACACGUGCUCUUAGCUAAGCCGUCACAUCUAGUUCUUCAAGCAGAACAGCCGGAGAAGACAUGGAAGAUCAUUGUGAAGAGACAAGUUCAUCUUGAUCUGUAAGGAGGGUUCUGAGUGCACAGAGUAUUUGUACAGUUGUAGACUUUACAUGACCUUUUUCAAGGGCUUAUGUUGAAUCUAGCACACAUUGGGCAUUUGAAUAUGUAUAUUGGUCAUUUUCUGUAAAUUUGCUAAAUAAUAAGGACAUAUUUAAUACAUUUUGGACAAUUUUAGGUAUGUGCCCAUCAUACCCAGUUUCUAGCAAUAUGAAACCUAAACAGCAAGGAUUAUCUCCUAUGUGUCACGUUAAAGGGAUCAAGCAUCACCAUUUCACGCUUCCUCAAGUGCUUUUAAAGGAAUGGGACAAACAUACACCAAGGAAAUAGCUUUGGGGGUGUGUGUUUGUGUGUAUGUAUGUAUGUAUGUGUGGUUAUAAUAGAUAUAUAUGCCUGCCACUUAAUGAUUUGCAUAUGUACAGAUACAUUUUUUUAUUUAUCUUUUAAUCCCAGUUAGGUGCAGUGAUUUCAGCCUUGUUAUGACACAGGCUGCGAUGGACUAAUCACCAUAUUUGGUUGCUCUGAAAACAGCACUGAAGUUUUUUUAUGGUUUGCAUACAGUCACUUUGACACUUCACUUCAAAGAACAGUUGUCUGUAACUCUUUUCCGCUCCUAAUUUAGCUCAACAAUACAACUUGUGUAAUGAAGGAAAAAGAAGUGCCAUAAAUGUCUAAGAUGGACAUACAGCUUUAAAGGGGGUUUCCAGACUCCUGAAGGCUUUAUGUCACUAUGAUCCUGUAUCAGUAAGGUCAAGCAGAAGUGCACAGCAUUAUAAAUCAUGAUAAUACCGUGCGCUCCUGCAAGUCCAGAACGGAGGACCACGCUCACACAUGGAGCCUGAGUCCCACGAUGGAUUUGCUCGUGUAAAACAGCCCUUAUAGUGCUAUGAGUCACCUCCUAAGAAAUUAGCUUUCUCUUAUUAGGUGUUUUUUCAAAAAUCAAUGGAAAUGAUAGUACUUUGUUUUGGUUUGCACUUCUCAGAAGAGAGCUUCAGCUUAAGGCGUGAUUCAGGUGGCCACUCCAUUUUCCAUCUGCAAAACAGAUGUAUCUGGAUGCCUGGAUACUUUUAGUUUUUUUAAACAUUCAUUUGGAUGAAUGAGUCUCAGAUGGAAAACAGACAUGAAUGGCGCAUGCCACAAGCUUCAUUCACACUUUGUGUGUGGCUUUUGUGCCGAAAACCAUGUGGAUUCUGAUUCCCAGUGUUGUCAGUGAAAGGCCGUGACACCAUCCAUACUACUGCAGGUUAAUUCUAGAUUGCACCAAGAAAAGACAUGAGUCUAAAGCCACAGGUAGAACCAUUACAUUCAAACUGUAAAACUGCGGCAGGGUCAGCCUUGGGUUUUUGGGGCAGAUUCUUCCACUGGGACUUACAUUAGCAAUGUUCUAACUGAAGUGUGAAUUGCAGCAUUGACUUUAAUGGGUCUGUGUUCUGUGAGGGUGCAGCCAGGAUAGCACAUGGACAGAAAUUAUUGCCAUCUAAAUUAGGCAUAAAGAUGUUUCCUGGGAUUAAAACAAAGGUUUGGGUUUUGAAAAAAAUUGGCCAUGGGCUGUGUCAGUUAUUUGCUUAACUGGGGCUAAGUUGCAAUAUUCGAUCCAACCCAACGAAGGAGAGUUAGCACUGUUUAUGAAAGGAUAGGGCAGCCUUUUUCUAUUUGGAUUUAACCCCUUUAAAAGUGUGUUGCUAGUUACCACUGUGCCUUUUGUAAAUGCACAUUCAAAGUGUUACACACCUACAGUCUGAAAACAAGAGCUGAAGGACCAGUAAGGUGACCUUGCAUGAAGAGUUGUGAAUUCUGCGUGUGAAAGUACAAUGUAAAUCUCAAGGCCACACAACAUAUGCCUGGUAAAAGGAUGCAAAUCCAAAAAAAGGUAGGCAAUGAAUUGGUGUUAUAGCAUUUUUGAAGACUAGUAGACUAGUCGGAGAACUGUGCACAUUUUUUGGGGCAUUUACAACCUAUAGCUAGUUGUUAAUUGUCUCUAUACACUGUACCCAGCGUAAGGAUUUGGUUUGACUUUUCUUUUAGCUUUAUAAAUGAUCAACUCCAAGUUAUCACUCGAAAGCCGGGUCUGAACUUAUAUAUUAAUGACAUAAAACUACCGGUAAUUGUGAAAUGAGAAUAGUGACUUUGUAACAGCUAUUUUUUGUGCAGAUUUUUCCAGUUCCCUGAGUGCAGCUCAGCAAUGGAUGCUUUCAAUCAAGCUGUUAUGGCUAGGUCAAGGGACAGAUAUAUGUAAAAUGAUAGCACAAUAAGAUAUAUAGAAAGCAUUAGUUUACAUUAAAGACAUAUUUAGUACGUGUUUUCAAAAGUGCUACUUAACCAUAUGCUCUGUAUCCCUAUACAUGUCUGCCUUUAACUCCAAUUGUUAACAUAAAAAAAAGAUAUUCUAAUUCCAUGUAUACUAUGGGGGAGAUUUAUUUAAACUGGUGUAAAGGAAAACUGGUUUAGUUGCCCAUAACAACCUAUCAGCUCCCUCCUUUCAUUUUCCAAAGGAUCUUUGAAAAUACAAGCUGAUUGGUUGCUAUGGGCAGCUAAGCCAGUUUUCCCUUACACCAGUUAUGAUAAAUCUUCCCUAAUAUGUAUUUAUUUUUUUCUUAUUUUCAUACUGUUGUAUCCAAAACCAUAUUUGGAUGACAUAUGUCUAGUUGAUGGAAGUCUUUGGGCAUGUUAAAGGUGUACAUUAACAAUAUAAUGCCCUAACAUGGCAUAAACUAGCCUAAUAUAUCAAUACAAAUAGUGCAUUUCCUUACAAUAGCAAUGAAAACAAUCAAUAAUACAUACAAAAAAAUUAUUGUUAUAGUUUUCAAACUUUUUAAAUGUUUUUGUCUGAUUUAUUCUAUUUAAUUAGAACCUUCUGCUGUUACUAUAUUACUUUAUUAAUUUGCCAUUGCUUGCUUAUGAGUGAAGAUCUAACUGGUGAGGCCCCCAUAAGCCUAAAUAUGAAGGGGCUGAUGUAUUUUUAGCACUUCAGUGCCUUUAAAGUUCUUUCCUUCUAUAAAGGCACUUCCAGCCACCCACUAAGCAGAGGACUGCGCGUGGCCCCAUUCACUGACCAUGUGGCAAUUUUUUAAACCACUUAUCUUUGGGUGGUGUGAAAAGACACCACGUAAAUAUGCUGAUUGUUCUUAAAAUAUAUGAUACACACAUGACCCCGGACGUAGCCAUGGAACUCCGAAUGAAAACAUCCAUUAUUAUAACUACUAGCUGUGCUAAAUGACCAAUGGUCAAUAAAAUUCAUAUUGCGUAGUGACUUUUUUAGGCGUUGUCCAGCAGGAUAAAACUUUUUAGGAAAGCGGCACUAUGCAAUAAGAGAAGUAAUACCUCACUGUUCCCCCACUGCAGUUGUCCCAAUGCUUACCGAGUCCCCACUUUCAAGUUUAAUCUCGAAACACAGGAAAUUGAUGGAAAUGUCCGCUCAACCAAUUAGCAGCCUCAGCCGGUGAUUAUCUGAGAGGGCAUUUCCUACAUGGUCCUGUUAGUGGAGACCAUCAGGGACCUGGUACGCUUAGGAACAGCAGCAGCUUCUUAUCACACAGCAGUGACCUGCCGCAGCUAGUGAUUAGCCGGGAGAGCAUUUUAUGUGUGUCAAAACUGGACCAGGACGCAGAGCCAAGAGGAGAGCAGCAUCGGUGGGGAUCAGUGAGGUGAGAAUUGCUUUAUUCUUUUAACCCAUACUGCCCCUUAUCCAUUUAUUUUGCUGGACAACCCUUUAAUGAGUAAGCAACAAAAAAAAAAAAGUUAACUUAUAUGAGAAAAAAAAUCCAAAUAGCCAUGAUUCUUAUAUAGCAAAAGCUGUGGAUCACUUUCUUAGUAUCCUACAGUAAUUCUAAUAGGCCUACAGUACCUUUGUGAUUUGCAGCUGACGCCCAGCACAGCCAGGUCUGUGCUUGGGGUGUUAGGAAUAUUGCUUACAGAUUUUCUGCCUCCAUUUUUAUAAACCUGAAAACAGGACAGUUUGUGCAAGAUAUAAAGAAGAUCUUCGUGUGUUUUUUUUUUUUUCAUUUUUAGCCCAUUUCUUGUAAUAUUAAAGUGACACUGUUUUUUGGGCAAAGUGUCAUAACGACAUAGAAAGUUUGGAUCAGUGGGCGUCCGAGCACUAAGAUGCCUGCCGAUCUCUAGAAUGAGGAGAGAGAAGCACUCUAAUAGCAGUCUGUCCUCAAUGCAGAAGACGGAAGUUUUCCCAAAGUACUGUGCCACUUAAAGGUUGUGUGCUGUAUCAUCUCGAUUUUCAUCCAUAUUCUUACCUUCUCAUAGCAAGUCAGAUAUUGUCAGACUAUCAUGUAGCUUGUAACUCCAUUUUAAACUUAAAAGGGUUGUCCGGGAUUGAGGACUUUGUUCCAUUAGUACAAGACAGACACACACAUAACAUACAUCCAUGUCCUACCUUUUCCACGUGUUUCUUAUAGGAAAUUAUUCGCCUGUAGUGUUGUUUUCCUAGACUCAGUGAGGUACCGUGUUCCUUGCAGGAGCGCUGAAGCCUCUUCUUCCGGCUGCUCAGGGAGCCCGGUGACGUCACCGGCACUGAUGGGCGGGCUUUAGCGCUGCUCUAGCCAGUAAAACGUCUAGGGCAGCGCUUAAGCCCGCCCAUCAGAGCUGGUGACGUCACCGAACACACUGCCAGGGGGAAGCCUUCUCCCGGCAGUGUGUUACUAUAAACAAAAGAGCCUUUGCCCUGCGCGAUUUAGCGCAGCACAAAGGAGAGCAUCGGAGCAUGAACUGCUCCAAUGCUUAAGUCAGGGGGGGGGGGGUGCCUGGGUAAAAAUAGAGGUUUGUCCGGGUUCAACUCUGAACCCGGACAACCCCUUUAAUGUUACGUUUAAACUUUGGUUAAAAGUUGACUAGUGUUGACAACCAAUUUGCUUUACUUUACUUUUAUGGAUCUUUUAUCACAUCACUUACUCACCCACUCUCUUCGACAAACAUAAUCCAGAAUAAUAUUCUUCUGGAAUAUGUUCAAUAAUAGUUAUUGGAUGGGUGAGGAAUAAAGUUUGGAAGGAUCACAAGGAUCAAAGUGCAUUAUUUAGCGGAUAGAGUGUGCAGGCUGAAAAGAAAUUGAACUUCAUGACAAAGUAUAAUGAGAGUGAAGAGCAGAAUUACAACAAGCAAACAAAUGUGUUUUUUCACCAUUUAAAGGUAUUAUUCAGCUUUAAUUGCACAUGCCACCAAUCAGUAGCAUACCUGUAAUGGAGGCAGACCAUGCAGCUGCUACGGGGUAGUCUGGCACUGGACUUUUUUUCCCAGCAAAAAAAAAUGUAUGAAGCAGCCAUUAGGGGGAGAGCAAUUCUAAGAGACUAUUUUAGCUUCCAAUCCAUUAAAUAAUUACAGUAAUUCCUAUGUACUAAGCUCCCCCUAGUGGUGUCUGCCGGAAGUCAGCUUUGUAAUAGAAGGGAAGCAGAUUUAUCAGUGUAUUUUUACCAGUUGUCUUGUAUACAUACAUUGAGAAAUAUGGUGUUCAGAAUAAGUGUGAUAUUUAUGAAGCUCCUAUUCCACUUUUUCCGACAUUUAAAAAGUCAUCCUCCACCUCGCCCACUUUAUCCAACUUUUUCCUAGGUUGGAUAAAGUGGGUGAGGCGGAGGAUGACUUUUUUUAAUCACAAUUUCUUAUAUGCCUAAAAGACCCUAUUAGAUCAAUGUACACUCGUGUCCCCAGGAGCUAAUUUGGGGUUAUCAAUUUUAAGAACUCCCCUAAUAUGAAGCGUAUAGCAGUAGGACAUGUCUACACAUGUGGUCCCGCAGACCUCCAGUAUGGAAACCUGUGUUGGAAGCUCUUUAGUUCAUAUAUACCCAUCUGGAACAGGAAACCGUUCUGUUUUGUUUUUUUGGUUGUUUUUUUUUUUUUUUGCUACUUAUUUUACCAGUCUGAAAGGAAAAGAUUCUUUAUAUGCUGUCACUUACAAUCCAACCUUUUCAUGUUAGAUUAUGUCUACUAUUAGCAGAUGUGUAUAAAUGUUUAUGUAUCCUAAAAGCAAGCCCCCAUUGUUUAGCCUCUGCAAGUGCCGCAGUAGUAUAUAAAUCUAGCGCAUUCAUAUAGAGGAUUUAAAAAUUUACGUAAAGAUGCACCACACCUCAGGACUUCAUCCAAAAAGGAAUUGUCUCUGUAUACUGUACUGGUCUCACAUUCAUUCAUAGGUACUGGUGGUGAAAGACUAUCCUAUACCCAGCACGCUUUCUCUCUUAUUACGAAGGGCAUUUAGUUUUGCAGUUGUCUGAAAAUGACAGAAUGAUUCAGUAUAUGUACUGAUGUCAUCAAUUACCUCAGAAUAUUGUAAAUGUUAUAUUUAACUUGUUAGAGGUGCCAGUAUCUAGAGUCAAGCAGGUUUAUGUUUAGAUUGACUCAAGUCUUAGUUUUGAGUCAUCCCAAAAAUAGGAUCUUCUGACAUGUCUGAUUCUUAUUAGUCACAUUAGUGUAAGUCCCGAGCUGGGACCCCACUGAUGUCCUGAAAAUACAGAUUCAGCAGAGAGAGGGCAGCAAAUAUAUGGCCACCGCUCUAUUGAAAUAAUUAGGAGUUAUGGAACCCUAAGAGUGGGAAUGCGCCUGUAUACCAUUUUACAUGUUUCUCUGUCUUUUUACUGCUAUCGCCUCUACUUGUACAUAGCUUGGACUUGUUUUUUAAUACUCACCUGCUUUUGUUUAUAUGUUAAGGUGAAAGAGCAAUUUCUAUGUAAAACCGUGUAAAGAAUGGAUUUGUAAAACCUAUUUUAUGUCUGUAUAAUAUUUCUCAGGGACAUGUAAAUACUUCUAUAUGUAGUUUGAGAUCUUCCAAAAGUAGAAGAAAAUUAAGUGGCUUGUUCUCUUAAAAGAAUAUAACCCCUAGAAGUGAUUUUUUUUUUUCUCUCUUUUGUUCAAAAGUGAUUUUUAAGUUGUGUGUUUUUAUUUCUGGAAGGAGAGGUCACUAUUGAUUGAGCUGUGUUUUCUGUGACUUUAUGCCACAGCUAUUGAUUAUUUUAUUUGAAGCUGUAUAAGUGAAAGAGCUUUAGCUUUAAUAAACCAUUUUUU